GGUUUUACCGAUCUGAGAACAACAACCUCCGCUCAAGGUUUUGCCGGAAAAAUAAAUUUCAGCGGCUUUGAUCGCCGCAUUUGCAAAUGGCAGCAGCAUUUUUGAAUACUGGCUGCUACGUUUUCGUCUUCUCCUUGUCGUUAUUAGCCACAUUCGCUCCACAGGGUCGAGCCAAUGUUGCUGUCUUCGACAACUACUGGACGCAGCGUCAAAGCGAUGCAUUGAAACAAACCAUGGACUCUUACGAUCCUAAUCCGCUAAACGUCACCAAUCACUUAAAUCACCAUGUCGCUCUAGCAGUGGACGCCACGGAAGCAAUGAACAGCACAAGGAGAGAGCUUUCGCAGGUGAAAAGUGGUAGGAAAACGCAAAAAAGCAGUGGAAAAUGCGUAGCUUAUAACCCGAUAGACAAAUGUUGGCGAUGCGACCGUGAUUGGGAGAAAAACCGGAAGACACUAGCGGAUUGUGUGCUCGGAUUCGGCCGGAGAACCACCGGAGGAAAAAACGGACCGUUCUACGUAGUCAACGAUGCUUCAGACAACGAUCUUGCCAACCCUAAACCAGGAACGUUAAGGCACGCGGUGACCAGAGAUGGACCGCUUUGGAUCAUAUUCGCCAAAAGCAUGAUCAUUAAACUGCAACAAGAACUGAUGAUAACGAGCGACAAAACGAUCGAUGGACGAGGAGCUAGGGUUUACAUCAUGGAAGGUGCUGGACUAACGUUGCAGUUUGUGAAUAACGUGAUCAUACACAAUAUAUAUAUCAAGCACAUUGUUCCUGGGAACGGUGGGUUGAUCAGAGACUCUGAGCACCAUAUAGGGCUCAGGACAAAAAGCGAUGGUGAUGGAAUCAGUUUGUUUGGAGCAACCAAUGUUUGGAUCGACCAUGUCUCGAUGACGAGAUGUGCAGAUGGUAUGAUCGAUGCAAUUGAUGGCUCUACUGCUGUAACCAUUUCCAAUAGUCAUUUCACCGACCACCAAGAGGUGAUGUUGUUUGGGGCGAGGGACGAACACGUGAUCGAUAAGAAAAUGCAGAUAACGGUUGCGUUUAACCACUUUGGUAAGAGACUGGAACAGAGAAUGCCUCGUUGCAGAUUCGGAACGUUCCAUGUGGUGAACAAUGACUAUACGCAUUGGGAAAUGUAUGCAAUUGGUGGAAACAUGAACCCUACAAUCAUUAGCCAAGGCAAUCGUUUCAUUGCUCCUCCUAACGAACAAGCCAAACAGAUUACAAAGAGAGAGUACACACCAUUCACUGAAUGGAAAUCUUGGAAUUGGCAAUCAGAAGGAGAUUACUUCCUCAAUGGAGCUUAUUUUGUUCAAUCAGGCAAACCAAAUGCGUGGAGCCCUAAACCGAAAAACCCGUUACCUAACAAGUUUGCGAUUCGACCUAAACCAGGAACGAUGGUCCGUAAACUCACCAUGGACGCAGGAGCACUUGGCUGCAAACCGGGUAAAGCAUGCUGAUUGAAAUUACCAUUUUGCCCCCUUCCAACAAACACACAUAACAAAGCUUUUGCUCUGUUCUUUUGCUCUGUUUUUGCUUGUUGUUCAAGAAAAAUAGAGAGAGAAGAGGAGAGGAGAGGAAAAGCAAAAGAGGCUGUUCUUAAUUAUGUUUGUAAUCAAAGAAUACAUAAUGCGCAAUUUCGGAUUAUUAUUCUUAUUAGGAUUCAAGUUCCUCUUUUUUUCUGCGGAUUAAAUCUGUUUACAGUCUCCUCCCUAUACUUUGAUUGAAUAGACUCCCCUAAAUCUCUUGUUUUGUCUCAUGCAUUAGGUCUUCAGGUCUUUCUUUAUUGUUCAUGAUCACUA